UUUAAUAGCCUCAAAACUCCAUUUCCACUUCUCCACACGCCCUUCUCUUCUUCUUCUUCCAAUUCCUCCAAAAAUUCCACCUCUCAUCUGCUACAAUGGAUCCGUACAAGUACCGUCCGUCAAGUGCGUUCAAUUCGCCUUUCAUGACCACGAACUCUGGAGCUCCAGUCUGGAACAAUAACAACUCUUUGACUGUUGGAACUAGAGGCCCAAUCUUGCUUGAAGAUUACCAUUUGGUAGAGAAGCUCGCUAAUUUUGAUCGUGAGAGGAUUCCAGAACGUGUUGUCCACGCCAGAGGUGCUAGUGCCAAGGGGUUUUUUGAGGUCACACACGAUAUUUCUAACCUUACGUGUGCCGAUUUCCUUCGAGCUCCAGGAGUUCAGACACCUGUUAUUGUUCGAUUCUCCACUGUUAUCCAUGAGCGCGGCAGCCCUGAAACUCUCAGGGACCCCAGAGGGUUUGCUGUAAAAUUCUACACCAGAGAGGGAAACUUUGAUUUGGUGGGAAACAACUUCCCUGUCUUCUUCAUUCGCGAUGGCAUGAAAUUCCCUGACAUGGUUCAUGCUUUGAAGCCCAACCCAAAGUCCCACAUUCAAGAGAAUUGGAGAAUUCUGGACUUCUUCUCCCACCAUCCCGAGAGUUUGAAUAUGUUCACUUUCCUCUUCGACGAUGUCGGCGUUCCACAAGAUUACAGGCACAUGGAUGGCUCUGGUGUCAACACCUACACACUAAUCAACAAAGCUGGCAAAGUAAACUAUGUGAAAUUCCACUGGAAGCCCACUUGUGGUGUGAAGAAUUUGUUGGAGGAAGAAGCUAUCAAGGUUGGAGGAGCUAAUCACAGCCACGCCACACAGGAUCUUUACGACUCCAUUGCAGCUGGAAAUUAUCCAGAGUGGAAGCUCUUUAUUCAGAUCAUCGACCCUGACCAUGAAGACAGAUUCGAUUUCGACCCACUCGAUGUGACCAAGACUUGGCCUGAAGACAUUUUGCCCCUGCAGCCAGUUGGCCGUUUGGUGUUGAACAGGAACAUUGAUAACUUCUUUGCUGAGAACGAGCAGCUUGCUUUCUGCCCUGCUCUUAUUGUGCCUGGAGUUCACUAUUCUGACGACAAGCUGCUCCAAACUCGGAUAUUCUCUUAUGCCGAUACUCAGAGGCACCGUCUUGGUCCGAACUAUCUGCAGCUCCCAGUUAAUGCCCCCAAAAACGGCCAUCACAAUAAUCAUCAUGAAGGUUUCAUGAAUUUCAUGCAUAGGGAUGAGGAGGUGAACUAUUUUCCUUCAAGGUAUGAUCCUUGUCGCCAUGCUGAGAGGCACCCCAUUCCUCCUGUUGUUUUGUCAGGGAAGCGUGAUAGGAUUUGCAUUGAGAAGGAGAACAACUUUAAGGAACCUGGAGUGAGAUUCCGUUCCUGGGCAACAGACAGGCAAGAGAGGUUUAUCCGCCGAUGGGUGGAUGCUUUAUCCGACCCCAGACUCACCCAUGAGAUCCGCGGUAUCUGGAUUUCAUACUGGACUCAGGCUGAUAAGUCUCUUGGUCAGAAACUCGCCUCUCGUCUCAAUGUAAGGCCAACAAUGUAAAGAUGAUGAGAACGCACACCAUGUUUUCGGUUGGCCGAGGAAAAGAAGAGCAUUGUAAAAGAUGGUCUCGAGUUGUUAGUAUAAAGUGUUGAUCGUACGUACGUAGCCUUUUAUUGUUUUUUGUGUGUUCUAAUAUACGAUGGAACAAAUUUGUGUGUUUAACGAAAAACUAUACCUUGAUCGUAAUAAAAUAAACGAAGUAUGUACUUCGCCUAUUAUGCAGUAUGUUGUUC